AUGGUCCACACCCAUCUCCUCAAAACCGGGUUCUUCUCCGACGUCUAUGCAGCCACAGCUCUCACGGACGCUUCCAUGAAGCUCAACCUCAUGGACGAUGCACUCAAGGUGUUCGACGAAAUGCCUCACCGAAACUUGGCUCCCGUAAACACUGUGAUUUCCGGGUUGUUGCAUAAUGGACAUCUCAGAGAGGCUUUAAAGGUGUUCAAGAGCAUUGGUUUUGGAGGGCUCGGGUUGAAUUCGGUUACUAUAGCUAGUGUGUUUUCAGCGUGUGACAAUGUGAAGCAGGGGAUGGGAAUGGAUUGCGUGGCGGUGAAGCUCGGGGUUGAGAGUGAUGUUUAUGUUGCUACCUCAGCUGUGAGUAUGCAUUCGAGCUGUGGGGAGUUGGUUUCUGCUGCAAAGUUGUUUGAACAUAUGCCUGUCGAGAAUGUGGUGAGCUAUAAUGCUUUUAUAACAGGGCUUUUGCAGAAUGGAGUUCCAAGGGUGGUGUUGGAUGUGUUUAAGAAAAUGAGAGCAUGUAGAGGUGAAAAUCCGAAUUCAAUGACAUUGGUUUCGGUUCUUUAUGCUUGCGCUAGUGUUUUGUACCUCCGAUUUGGUAGGCAGGUGCAUGGUUUGAUCAUGAAAGAUGAUGGUAUCGGCAUUGGAGUUCGGAUGCAUGGAGGAGGUGGUGGAGGAGGGCGUCUGUUGGAUCGAUUUGGCUUUUAG